CCAUCCAGAACAUUCCAGGGUUGGGUCAAGCUAGCAGAUAAAAGGAUGGCUCGUCGUCGUCCUCGGCAUCGAGCAUCAACACUGCAAAGAUGGCAUUUUCUCUUCGCACGUUCUUCCUGCUUUGUGGGGUCAGCGGACUGUUGACCGGAGCUUGGUCUUGGCCUCGCACCAAUAAGAAUGGUUGCUGUCCUGAGGAGUGGACUCAAUUGGAUGAUCACUGCUACGUCUUCAAAGACGAUCCAAGGACCUUCACGGAUGCAGAGAGCGUCUGCAACAUUCUUGGUGGGAACCUGGCCUCAAUCACUAGCGCCCUGAAAAAUGUAGUCGUUUAUGAACUGGUUGUGGAGGGAAUGGUAAAAGAGGCCUGGAUCGGACUCAGCGAUGCCAUCGAGGAUGGAGAGUAUUUUUGGACUGAUGGCAAAGUCUUUGACUUUGACAACUUUAACAAAUGGCCGAGCUCAGGAAAUUGUACAGUGAUUGGCAGUGGAGGUGAGUGGGAUAACGAGGAAUGCAGCACAGAGGAGCCAUAUGUUUGCAUCAUGGAAUCAUCCUGUGGCAAGCACUAAUCGGCUCUUCUACCAGCGUAUUUUGUAGAACAAUGUCCAUCAGUAAUCAUGUAAAAGGUACUGAGACAAUAUCAAACUUUUAGUGGUGUCUUUGUAUCUUGGGGUUUACUGUCGGGUCUUCUUUUCUUCUUCUUGUACACUGUUCAGUUUUUGAAUUUCAGUCAAACACAUGAAAAUAUCUUCUUUUUACUGAA